CGAAGAGUUCUUCGCGGCUUCCUUGUGGGGUCGUCCUGCACCAUCACCGUACAUUCGUUCCGCUCCGCUGACACCAGGAAAAGCUUGAACGGAGUCGAUAUAUCAAGGGCACUACGCUGGUAUAAUCUUGUCCAGCUUUACACCCGUCGGUUCGCUCGUGUGACAUAUUCGGUAGAUUUUGAUCAUGUCUUCCAUCAUGCGUUCUACCCUCUCCGCUGCUGUCCUAUGUCUCGCGGGCUCUGUGUUUGCGCAGACCCCUACUGUCACUGUCACACAAGCUGGCGUGACUACCACAGUAUUCACUACCGGGACUCCCUCAAUCACAGCGGUAUCUGACUGCCAUCCUCAUAGCACUGUCCUCUGGUGCAUGGUCGGCGAAGAAGAAUACCAGGUAUCCGGGCCUACCGCCACUGAAGAAUUCCAAUCGGAAUAUACCGGCUGCCACAACCAUGGCUCAGAGACAUACUGCGUCGAUGAUGCUGGAGAAGAUGUUCUGAUCAUGGUCGAUGCUGCAGAAUCAACAGACAGCUCCUCACACACUGAAGAAGAGUCACCUGUUGAGUCUGAGGCUGAGCCAGCUGGAAGCAAGGGACAUUGCCACGACCACGCCGGUGUCGAGCACUGUGUUGGUGGAAGUGCUGAGGAAGUCAACUGCGAUGCUCCUCAGCGCGAUUACAAUAUCCCUUUACGAGUCGGCCUUCUCUUCGUCAUCCUCUUCACUAGUGGACUUGGUGUUUUCACACCGGUUUUGACUAGGAGGUUCAACCUUAUCGGCGCCAACAACAUCAUCUUCGUUGUCCUUAAGCAAUUCGGAACCGGCAUCGUCAUUUCCACUGCCUUCGUCCACCUUUUCACACACGCCCAACUCAUGUUUGCGAACCAAUGUCUUGGUGUGUUGCAAUACGAAGCCACUACCGCUGCUAUAUUCAUGGCCGGACUGAUGCUGUCGUUCCUGGUGGACUACCUUGGUGCGCGGUUCGUCCAGUGGCGUCAAGGCAAAAUUGCGGCUCCCAAUACCGAGGUCGCAACUGGUGGAGACAAAUCUGGAAGUGCCUCCCCUUCUGCAGAACCCAGCCAUGAUUUUAACCGCAGCCAUGGUCUUCCUCAUGCUCACGGUCCCAUGCGUGAGGCGACCCCUAUGGAAGAGAAGAUCAACGUCAUGAAUCUUGAGGCCGGUAUCAUCUUCCACUCCAUUCUCAUUGGUAUCACGCUGGUCGUAGCGAGCGAUGGUUUCUUCAUCACUCUCUUUAUUGUCAUUCUCUUUCACCAGAUGUUUGAAGGCAUUGCGCUUGGUACCUGCAUUGCGGAGCUGCCCAAGGCCGCAGCUGGUACAGCACAGAAGCUCCUCAUGUGCGGUACUUUUGCGCUCAUCACGCCUAUCGGUAUGGCCAUCGGUAUUGGUACCCUAGACCACUUCAACGGAAACGACCCUAGCACCAUCAUCGCUAUCGGAACGCUCGAUGCGCUUUCUGCAGGCAUCUUGACAUGGGUCGGUCUUGUAGAGAUGUUGGCCAGAGACUGGAUGCACGGAAAGUUGCUCAACGCGGGUGCGGUCAGAACUGUUUGCGCAAUGUUCGCUUUGGUUUGCGGUCUUAUCCUCAUGAGUGUUCUAGGAAAAUGGGCUUAGUUGAGCCGCUCUGGAGGGUUACAAGUCUGUAAGAUGCUGAAGUGGUGAUUUCAUAGUUGUGCAUUGGGAGGAGCGUGUUUGGCUUUUACUUAGACCUGGUUAUAGUUUGGACUGUCACUUAGCUUAUACCCUUCAUGCUGGACUUAUGGUAAAGAGCAUUUAUUCCAAGAUGGAGCUCUUCAUACUUUGCUUG